AAUACUCCCGGGUUCUCCCCUCUGUUUCCCUCUAAUCCAAUUUCUUUUAAAAAAUUUGGAGUGGAAACAGAAAACUCUCCAAAUUGGAGAUCUGGGCAGCCUGCUUCCUUCUCAACCUUUUCAACCCAGAAGCCAAAAGCAACGUCAAUCCCACACACAAACAAGAAACAAAGUAAUGGAGGCCCAGUUUCAUGCGCUGCCUCCUCUCAAACGAUUCAGACUCCUCCAGCAACAGCAAAAUCAGCAAGAGGAACACCAAAAAUCCGAUCAAGCUGCGGUAGUUUCGUCCCAGCUCCCGUCCAAGAAGCGAAAGGAAUCGAGGGCGGCUGACUCCCUUCCUUUCAGAAUGUCCAGCACUAACUGCUGUUUGCCUGCUAAGAAAAGGGUGUGGGCAUUACAGCCCGAUUCAAUCUCCGGUAAGCCCCUUUUCCCUAUCGAUCUCAAUGUUGAGUAUCAACCAUUUUUCAAGGAAGAAAAUGAGGAAAAAAGAGAGAAAAUCCCAGUCGUGGAAAACGCUGAUUUUGGGAUUGAAUCUAGUGAAGUGGAAGAUAAAGAAAACAAAGAUCCAGUAGUUGAACAAAUCAAGGAAUCUAACAAGAACACUGAAUGCUUAGAGGAUGCAGAAAAAGUUGGAAGAAAAGAAGAGGAAGGACUAGAAGAAGAUGAUGGGAUUGUAUGUGCUAUAUGUCAAAGUACAGAUGGUGAUCCAUCAGAUCCCAUUGUGUUCUGUGAUGGUUGUGAUUUAAUGGUGCAUGCAACUUGCUAUGGUAAUCCCCUGAUAAAGGGUAUACCAGAAGGUGACUGGUUUUGCACCCAGUGUUCAGUUUCUCAAUCUUCAGAAACUGAAAACAAUAAUACUUCUACCUUCUCUUGUUGCUUGUGUCCAUUGAAAGGUGGUGCUUUGAAGCCAACCAAGAAUGGCCGAUGGGCUCAUAUAGUGUGUGCUUUGUUUGUCCCUGAAGUGUUCUUCGAGGACCCAGAAGGGAGGGAGAGGAUUGAUUGCUCUGAGAUCCCAAAGAGAAGGUGGAAUCAGAGGUGUUAUGUUUGUAAGAGUAAGCGUGGAUGUGCCAUUGAGUGCUCUGAGCCAAGGUGUCCCUUGGGAUUUCAUGUUACAUGUGGAUUGAAGGAGGAUCUUUAUAUUGAGUAUAGAGAAGGGAAGAAGAAAGGAGCUAUUGUGGCUGGUUUCUGCAAACAUCAUACUCAAAUCUGGGAAAAGCAACAACAAACAGGGAAGUUCAAG